CCGUUGGACAAGAGCCGCCUCGCCCGCCCGUACCUGCUCUGGUCAUCACUGCCACGACUGCUAAAAUGGAAGUGGUUUCAGCAGAAGUCAACAGCUUGCUCCCUGAGGAAAUAAUGGACACUGGUAUAACUCUGGUGGAAGACGACAGCAUUGAGGCAGUUAUUGUGUCGUCGCCAAUGGGAGAUUCUAUUCCCAUGGAAACAGAACUGGAAGAAAUAGUGAACAUAAGUUCCACCAGCGACUCCUCAGCUACGACUACAGCUGCAGUCACCACAGAAUCGGUUACUGCACCCAGCAAUCACUCAGGCGACACGACAGCGAACACCACAACCCCAAAAACUGAUGUGAAUGCAGUAGUAAAGCCUACCUUUCCAAGUGGCCUCCAUAAAAUUGGUGCUCAGACCCCUGUCACUAUAUCAGCCAAUCAAAUUAUUCUGAACAAGACCGCUGAUAUUAAAAUAGGCAAUCAGAGUAUUAAACCAGAUGGGCAAAAGCUAAUUGUAACAACUUUGGGCAAGUCUGGCCAACCUAUUGUUUUAGCAUUACCCCAUGGCCAGCUCCCGCAGGCACAGAAGGCCACAUCCCAAGCCCAAGGUGGAGACUCCAAGGUACAAGGCCAGCAGAUCAAAGUUGUUAUUGGAGGUCGGUCAGAAGUGAAACCUGUUGUUGGUGUCUCAGCUUUGACCCAAGGAAGUCAGCUGAUAAACACUGCAGCCCAGUCUUCUGUUUUGCAGACCCAGCAAUUAAAAACAGUACAGAUUGCAAAGAAGACCCGAACCCCAACUUCUGGCCCGGUGAUCACCAAGCUGAUCUUUGCAAAACCAAUCAAUAGCAAAGCUGUUACAGGGCAGACCACUCAAGUGUCACCAGUCAUUGCAGGUAGGGUUCUUUCACAGUCUGCUCCAGGAACGCCACCAAAGACAAUAACGAUCUCUGAGAGUGGAGUCAUUGGAUCAUCUUUGAGUACAACAACACAACAGACACCGAAUAAAAUAGCUAUCUCGCCACUCAAAUCCCCUAAUAAGCAGCUAACAGUGGUGUCAGUGGCCUCCCAGCCUCCCAACUCCCCCCAGAAGACGGUGGGCGUCCCACUGAAUGUAGCGUUAGGACAGCAGAUCCUCACAGUGCAGCAGUCAGCACCCUCCUCCCCUGGGAAGGCUAUAGUCAACCACACAACCGCCCAGGCUGUGAAAUCAGCAGUGCAGACCAUUACUGUAGGAGGAGUGGGUACAUCUCAAUUUAAGACAAUUAUUCCCUUGGCAACUGCACCCAAUGUUCAGCAGAUUCAGGUACCUGGAAGCAAGUUCCAUUAUGUCAGACUUGUUACUGCCACAACAGCGAAUAGUUCAACGCAAUCGGCCAGUCAAAAUCCCAGUACGAAUACACAGCCUCUUCAACAGGCAAAGCCAGUGGUGGUGAAUGCGACCCCAGUGCGGAUGUCUGUUCCCAUAGUGCCAGCACAGACUGUGAAACAGGUGGUGCCCAAACCGAUCAACCCAACUUCCCAGAUAGUUACUACUAGUCAGCCUCAACAAAGACUUAUUAUGCCAGCCACUCCACUGCCACAGAUACAGCCCAACCUCACUAACCUCCCACCAGGCACUGUACUGGCACCAGCACCUGGCACAGGAAAUGUCGGGUAUGCAGUCCUUCCAGCUCAGUAUGUCACACAGCUACAACAAUCAUCGUAUGUAUCUAUAGCAAGCAACACUGGCUUUACAGGGACAUCUAGUAUCCAGUCCCAAGCACGGCUACCAUUCAAUGGAAUAAUUCCUUCUGAAUCUGCAAACCGCCCCAGGAAGCCUUGCAAUUGUACCAAGUCUCUAUGUUUGAAAUUGUAUUGUGAUUGUUUUGCAAACGGUGAAUUCUGCAAUAACUGCAACUGUACAAAUUGUUAUAACAACCUGGACCAUGAAAAUGACAGGCAAAAAGCAAUAAAGGCCUGCCUUGACAGAAACCCUGAAGCCUUCAAGCCCAAAAUAGGGAAAGGAAAGGAAGGAGAAUCAGAUCGGAGACACAGCAAAGGGUGUAACUGUAAACGCUCGGGAUGUCUCAAAAACUACUGCGAAUGUUAUGAGGCAAAAAUCAUGUGUUCUUCCAUAUGCAAAUGCAUUGGCUGUAAAAAUUUUGAAGAAAGCCCAGAGCGAAAGACAUUGAUGCAUUUAGCAGAUGCUGCAGAAGUUAGGGUCCAGCAGCAGACCGCUGCAAAGACCAAGUUAUCUUCCCAGAUCUCAGAUCUGCUGACAAGGCCAACACCAGCACUCAGCAGUGGUGGCGGGAAGCUACCCUUUACGUUUGUAACCAAGGAGGUAGCUGAUGCAACCUGCGAAUGCCUUCUUGCCCAGGCAGAGCAAGCGGAGAAGAUGGGCAAGUCAAAAGCUGCAGCAGAGCGCAUGAUCCUGGAGGAGUUUGGACGCUGUUUGAUGAGAGUUAUUAACUCUGCAGGGAAGUCCAAAAGUGACACUUGUGCCAUGAACUGCUGACUCAUGCACAUGAGCCACAACGAAGCGGACUGAACAGAACACUUAAGGCACAGGGACACUUUGGUUCGGCAUAGAGGAUUUAAUAAUAUUUGUUAAUUUGGUGCUUGUUGUAAAUUGACCUGUGUAAGAUUGAAACAAGAAAAUCUUUUAUAACAAGA